AUCGACACGUUUAUAUAUCUCGAUUUCUAUCAAAAUACAACUCACUCUCUCGUCAAAAUGACAACUUCAUCAACAGAUGACUACGUGACUUUGGUAUCCGGCGAUGGUUUUGAGUUCGUUAUUCCCCGCAGUACAGCUUGCGUUUCGGGCACGAUACGGCGCAUGUUAGAUUCUAGCAGUAAAUUCUCAGAAGCAAUAACCGGAACCUGUGUACUUGAAAACAUCACUGGCGUCGUCCUGGAGAAAGUCUGCGAAUAUUUUUGCUAUAACGAGAAGAUGAAAGACCAAGUCAACGUCCCUGAUAUGGAUAUACCGCCGGAGCUCUGUCUGGAGUUAUUGAUGGCCGCGGAUUAUCUGGAUGCAUAGUCAAGAUAUUUUCCGGAGUUACGUACAGAGCGUCUCGAAAGAAAAGUUGACUUUUUGUUUUGCAGCGAUGGGUUGGGCAGGAUUUUCUGUUUUAUUGAUUAUGGAGGUUUAUGUUUGUUCGGCACGGUUCACGGUAUGGAAUUCUUUGUUUUGUUUCUAUUUCAUGUCCAAUGAUUGAUUGAUUAUAUCACUCUCACUGCGCUUUGUCAUUCUGGAGCUUGAGAGAUACCAGGUAAGACCCGCAGUGUUGAAUUCUGUUUUAUACUCGUCUGGCCAUUUCAGUUGUUUUUGUUUUCCACCGGAGCAUCGUCGUCUGUCCCAAUGCAUCUUCAUGGAUGGACGACCUAAAGAUGGUGGUAGAAGGAUAUGAAAUUUCCCUUUCUAUUCAGCCUCAGUCCGGUCGGAAUGGACUAGCGGGCCUUAUUCCUAGGGAAACAGAUCGCACUCUCCUCAAUUGGCGCCGCUGAAACGAGGACACCGCUCAUGGAACGAGCAUCUUGCGGGCGAGGAUCCCAUUGUAGUGUUUAAUUGAGACAUGCUGACUUGCGUCCUACCGACCUUUACCCUUCCCACCAUUUUUACCACGGUAACCACCCUUAUUGCCCCUCGGCGGUCCCUGACUUUCGAAGAUCUUUUCUCUCGAAAAUCCAGCAUCAGCGAAACGAAUAUAACUAACAACACCCUGGUC